AUGCCGGUGGCAGAAAGCUGCAGUCUUGCUAUUGCAGCCGCGUGUCACCCUGCCUUUGACCCGAAUAAGGAAAGGACCGUUGAAGACAGAGAGGAUGUCAAUAUGGCACUUAUGCCUAUCCAAUGGGGAGCAGUAGCGGUUGUCCCCCCAGAAAACUCGCCCUUAAGCUCAAGCUCUGAGGAGAAUCACCCGCCCAUCCAGGCUAUCAAGUUGCGAUGCAUGAGCGAUGAAGAGGAAGAGGAAGAGCAAGAGGAUCCUAUGAGACUUUAG